AUGUCUAGAAACUCGUCGACAAUCAGUGUCAAAUUGGUUGCUGCCGAAUCCCUUUACAAAAGGGAUGUAUUUCGUCAACCGGAUCCCUUUGCAGUUAUAACAGUUGAUGGAUCGCAGACCAAAACUACAAAGACUGCAAAAAAGACACUUAACCCCUAUUGGAAUGAAACGUUUACUUUCCAAGCACUGGAGGAUUCCAUAUUAGUCAUACAAGUAUUUGAUCAGAAGAAAUUUAAAAAGAAGGAUCAAGGGUUUCUUGGGGUUGUUAAUGUGAGAAUCGGUGAUUUGGUUGACUUUGGGUUACCAAGUUCAGAAGAAACUAUCACCAGGGACUUGAAAAAACUGAUGGAAAAUGUCGCCAUUAGUGGAAAGAUUAUUGUCGUUAUUUCUCAUAAUAGAAAUCUGACUAAUGGAGCAAGCAGUGCUAACAGAUCCUCUAACGGGCAUAGAGCUACUUCUAACGGCACUGCUUCUGCGGCACCGCCUACGGCCGCUAGCGCUGGCCCUUCUUCAACUGGACCUAUCGCUGCCACCGCUGCUGCUGUCUCGUCCAACAACUCAGCUGCCCACAGGCAAUACUCUUCAUUUGAGGACCAGUAUGGGAGGCUACCACCUGGAUGGGAAAGAAGAACCGAUAACUUUGGAAGAACAUAUUAUGUUGAUCAUAACUCAAGAACUACAACUUGGCAAAGACCUGCGUUGGAUCAAAGUGAGGCUGAGAGAGGUCAUCAAAGACAGCAUGAUACUGAGGCAGAAAGAAGACAGCAUCGUGGUAGAACGUUACCGGGUGAAACACCAACUAGUCCAUUGCCGCAAUCGGGAAAUAAUUCGGUAACCAGUGGGAACGUCACUGUUAAUGCUACUGGAGCUAAUACUCCAAUUAAUCCUGCCGCUGCUGUAUCGAUGGCUGCUUCAGGUGCAACAACUUCUGGAUUGGGUGAAUUGCCUUCAGGAUGGGAGCAACGUUUUACAAACGAAGGUAGGCCAUACUUUGUUGACCACAACACAAGAACUACUACUUGGGUUGAUCCUAGAAGGCAACAAUAUAUUCGUACUUUUGGAGCAAACACCACGAUACAACAACAACCAGUCAGCCAAUUGGGACCUUUACCAUCGGGUUGGGAAAUGAGAUUGACCAAUACCGCAAGAGUGUAUUUCGUUGAUCACAACACAAAGACGACUACAUGGGAUGAUCCUAGGUUGCCAUCAUCAUUGGAUCAGAAUGUUCCUCAAUACAAGCGUGAUUUUAGAAGAAAAGUCAUUUACUUCCGUUCCCAGCCUGCCUUGAGAAUUCUUCCUGGACAAUGCCAUAUCAAGGUUAGAAGAGAUCAUAUUUUUGAAGAUAGUUACCAGGAGAUUAUGAGGCAAACACCAGAGGACUUGAAGAAGAGACUAAUGAUUAAAUUCGAUGGUGAAGAAGGUCUAGAUUAUGGUGGAGUUUCUCGUGAGUUCUUUUUCUUGUUGUCACACGACAUGUUUAAUCCAUUCUAUUGCUUGUUUGAAUAUAGUUCACAUGACAACUACACCUUGCAGAUCAACCCCAACUCAAGCAUUAACCCAGAACAUUUAAACUAUUUCAAGUUUAUUGGAAGAGUAGUGGGGUUGGGUGUUUUCCAUAGACGGUUCUUGGACGCAUUCUUUGUUGGUGCUUUGUACAAAAUGAUGCUUCACAAAAAGGUUGUCCUUCAAGAUAUGGAAGGUGUUGAUGCCGAAUUUUACAGAUCUUUGAAAUGGAUCUUGGACAAUGACAUCACUGACAUAUUGGACUUGACCUUUAGCACUGAAGAAGAAAUUUUUGGAGACAGGGUGGAAGUUGACUUGAAGCCAGAUGGAAAGAAUAUAGAAGUUACAGAGGCAAAUAAGCACGAGUAUGUCGAGUUGAUAACGGAGUGGAGAAUAAGUAAGCGUGUCGAAGAACAAUUCAAGGCGUUCAUUGAUGGAUUCAAUGAGUUGAUACCACAAGAGUUGGUGAAUGUGUUUGACGAAAGAGAGUUGGAGUUGUUGAUUGGUGGUUUGGCAGAAAUUGACACUGCCGACUGGAAGAAGCAUACCGAUUAUAGAGGAUACCAAGAACUGGACCAAGUGAUACAAUGGUUUUGGAAGUGUAUUAACGAAUGGGACUCUGAACAAAAAGCUCGGUUGUUGCAAUUCACUACAGGUACAUCGCGUAUACCGGUUAAUGGAUUUAAAGAUUUGCAAGGAAGUGAUGGUCCAAGAAGAUUUACCAUUGAAAAAGCUGGUGAGCCUAAUCAGUUGCCCAAGUCCCACACUUGUUUCAAUAGAGUCGAUUUGCCACCAUAUGCUGAUUACGAAAGCUUGAAACAGAAGUUAUCCUUGGCUGUUGAGGAGACUGUUGGUUUUGGUCAGGAAUAA